AGUCUGCGGCGGCGGGGGCGGUGGCGGGGGCGGACGUUGCGCAGCACAGCGACAGGCCCAUCGAUCAGCGACGUCGUGACGGUGGAGCAGUGGUGGCGGCGGAGCCGCCCAGCGGCGACCGAGCGAAGCAGACCCGGCAGCCGACACCAGCAGCAGCGAGGCCAAGCGGGGUCAGUGAGGUCAGACGCUGCGGUCAAGUGCGGUCUGUGGUGAGAGGUCAUGAACACGUGCUUUCCGUCACCGGCGGCAAUGGUCGGUGGUGGUAGCGCCAAGGAACGCCGCGGGGAGCGAAUUUCGCCGCCAAAGCUGGACGUCAUUCAGGACCUGGAUCUGUACUACAUCAAACAGCUGGCACACAACAACAAGGACUUUGACCUCGAACGAAAGAUCGAUGUGGAGAUCAAGAUCCGCGAGGGUUCCUCGCGGCUGCUGGCGGCCUGCAAGCACCCGCAGCAGUCUCUGGAGGCCUCCAAGACGCUGCUGACCUCCAACGAGCGCAUGGCCACCUACCUGACGGAGCUGCAGCGGAGGAAGGACGUCGGGCACACCGUCAAAUGGCGGCCACACAUGGCCAAUCUGUGCGUCUCGGACCUGCGCAUGCCGCUCAUCUGGAAGGAAGAAGACCACUUCCGGAACCGGGGCGACUUCCGGCGGUUCGCCGUCUUCUGCCUGGUGCGCGUCGGCACCGACAUCUUCGACACGACGCUCAUCAACCCGGUGGAUCGGUCGAUGACGGAUGUCUGCUUCGACGAUGUGUUUGUCUUCAAAAAGGUGUCUCCUGACUUCACCUGCUCUGUAGAAGUGUACAGCCACGUUCUGCACGAGGAUCUCAGCAUUGCGAGCACUCCGCGAAAGAUCCGACAGACGCUUCACAGCUCUAUCAGCCGGACAGUCGGCAAACGGCUGGCUGCCAGCCUCAAGGACGAGCUGAGCGAAGAGAACAGCGGACCCCAGUUCCGGUGUAUAGCUCGCGCCAACCUGCGAGUCCAGGAGGUGGAUGAGACAGUGCGCUCGCACGACCUGACCCUGUCCGGGGAUGAGGCCAAGGCGGACCUGCCGCUGUUUGGCCAGAUCUGCUGCCGACUUGCCGCUGAGCCGUAUACGCGGCUGACCGAUUCCGUCGCCGGGAAAGUGAUGACUAAGAGGGAUGGCGACUGGUCCGAGUCCCAUGGCACCCUCAGGGGCUAUCAGCUGCGACUCUAUCCUUCGGUGGAGUCCAGGGAGAACGAAGAUGAACCGAUCUUCACCGCGCCCGUAGACAAGGACACUGAGAUCGUGACCAGCCCGGAGCGACCGCUGGAGAUCACCGUGCGGCCCGACCGGGGCGACCGUCCCGAGCUGCUGCUGCGGCUGCCCACAGAGAGGGACGCCGAUGUCUGGCUGAAGGCCAUGGAGGCCUCCGUCACCGGCAGCCGACUAUGGCGGCGGGCCGGUGAACAGUCCAUGACCAUGCUCACACCGUCCGCGCGACUCUCGUCAAUGAACACCCGGCCCCGUCUGCGAUCACUCUACGAGCACAUCUCGCUGAAGGACGACUGCUCCUCGCCUGAGCUGCCGCCGCCACCGCCGCCUCGGCAGCGCGCUCAGAGCACCUCAGGCAUCGGCUCGUUCAUUCGCUGGGGCUCUCUCCGCAGCAGGAGGAAGCUGAACUCGUGAGCGAGCUCGCUAGAUGGCAGGAGUGUCGCCGCUCGUCGCUGCGGUGAGAGAAUGUGUUCGUUAGGCAGACUCGAGGUCUGUUCAAUGUUCAUAUGCGGGGCUCCUGAGGUUCCUCGUGGCCGGUGGAGCUCUAUUUGGGAUGAGAUGUGCGAUUUGCUGGGAUAUUUAGCAGUCAUGUGUUGGCGACAAUCAUGAAAGUGAUGUUCUUUGUAGUGAUUUUGAAAUUAUAUUUACCGAAGCUCUAUUUCUAUGCAUCGUUAAAGAUGCCCUUCUGUGAAUUCUGUCCUUUUUCGAUUAUGAAACUUUCAGCCAAUUUACGAGCUGUUACUUUUUAUGAACACCGAGGGAUCAUGUGUGAAAGUGUCUGUUUUAGUGAUCGCGCGUUUUAGAAAGUCCUAUUGAACCACGACACCGUUGUUACUUGAUCAAUUCUAACAACCUCAGUUCGGCAUUUGAGACGGCGGCGCUGGGCACAGACUCGUGUGGCGCAGUUCCCGUCCAAUGUCCCUUGGCGGGUCCUGUCUGUAUAUAGGCGCAUUGUGCGGCGCUCUGUCCGGGACAUGUGUUGUAUGCGUCAAUUGUGCCGCGUGUGGCGAGCGGGGCGGUCAGGAUAGUGCCUGGUCGCCGGCGGCCAGUCUAUCUCCGCACAGCGCGUGUCUAGUAAGCAAUAAAGGUUGUUUCUAUA